AAAAAAUGAAAAGAAAAUGCAAAAAAUGAUGUGUGUUUGUGUGCGUGUGAAGUGAGAGUGAGCGAAAGGAGAGGAAAGGCAAAGGGAAUUUGCAGAGAGCAGUGCCCUCUCUCCAUGCCUUUGGCUUUUGGGAGCUAAUCAAUCAUCUUCAACAUCAUCAUCAAGCCCAGCAAUCACACUUAGCUCCAUCGUACGAUGACCCACUGAAGCUCCACCCUCUCCGCUGAUAUAUGGAUUCCGAUAAGGAAAUGACAUCUGCUGAAGUUGAGGGGAAUGGUGCAAUUACAGGUCAUAUCAUAUCCACUACCAUUGGAGGCAAGAAUGGGGAGCCCAAACAGACCAUCAGUUACAUGGCUGAGCGAGUUGUAGGUACUGGAUCAUUUGGAAUAGUUUUUCAGGCAAAAUGCUUGGAAACUGGAGAGCCGGUGGCUAUAAAGAAAGUCUUGCAGGACAAACGAUACAAAAAUCGUGAGCUGCAGCUGAUGCGGUUGAUGGAUCACCCAAAUGUGGUUCCCCUGAGGCAUUGUUUCUUCUCCACGACAAGUAAAGAUGAGCUUUUCCUGAAUUUGGUUAUGGAAUAUGUUCCUGAAACAAUGUACAGGGUUUUGAAGCACUAUACCAGUAUAAACCAACGGAUGCCGCUCAUCUAUGUGAAACUUUAUACAUACCAAAUAUUCAGGGGAUUGGCAUAUAUCCAUACUGUUCCUGGAGUUUGUCACAGAGAUGUAAAGCCUCAAAAUCUUCUGGUUGAUCCCCUCACUCACCAGGUUAAGCUUUGUGACUUUGGAAGUGCUAAAGUCUUGGUCCAGGGUGAAGCAAACAUAUCAUAUAUAUGCUCUCGCUAUUAUCGGGCUCCAGAGCUCAUAUUUGGUGCAACAGAAUAUACAACUUCAAUUGAUAUUUGGUCAGCUGGUUGUGUAUUGGCUGAGCUUCUUCUGGGUCAGCCAUUGUUUCCUGGGGAAAAUGCAGUAGAUCAACUUGUUGAGAUCAUCAAGGUUCUGGGUACUCCAACGCGAGAAGAAAUUCGAUGCAUGAAUCCAAAUUACACGGAUUUUAGAUUCCCACAGAUUAAAGCACACCCUUGGCACAAGAUUUUCCACAAACGAAUGCCUCCUGAAGCAAUUGACCUUGCUUCACGGCUUCUUCAAUAUUCACCUAGUCUUCGUUGCACUGCACUUGAAGCUUGUUCACAUCCUUUCUUUGAUGAGCUACGUGAGCCUAAUGCCCGUCUUCCAAAUGGUCGGCCACUGCCACCUCUUUUCAACUUUAAACAGGAACUGUCAGAAGCUUCACCUGAAUUGAUCAACAGGCUCAUACCUGAACAUGUGAGACGGCAGGGUGGUCUUAGCUUCCUGCAUCCAGCUGGUUCUUAAAUGUGAAGCAACUGAACAAGGAAGCUCCUUUUCUGCUAGUGGACAUAUGACGAAAAUGGUGUUUUUCUGGUUAUAUAUAACAAGUACUCCAGCCCUGCCUCGACUGUUGAUUUCCUCUGCUUGCCAAGACUGCAAACUGGUUUUUCUGCCAUAACCUGGAAUAUGGUGAUUCUGUCGACUUUCACUUGAGCUUAAACACACUAUUCUCGUGCCGUUGUACUUUGCUCCUCUGAUAAUUACCGACAAAUAUCAAGAAAGCUAGGAGCAUAAAGAGACGAUGCAAUUUGUGUCUGGCUAGUUAGGGAUACCCAGCAGGAGUGCAAGGUUAAAUUGUAGUAGUAUGGCAUGUUUCACUGAAAACAUGAGCUUGUUUUUAUGACACUGAUUGAUGCAAAUAUGUUACAUAUUACAGUUCAAGGUUAAUACUUCUUUCCUUCCAA